UUGCCAGACUAACAUCUUCGCGGUUUUACUUGGGUCGGUCUAUGUUGCGGCUGUUCAUUAAGAAGAUAUUGGAGUUUCGGUUUGUUCGGGGUUCUGUGAUUGUUGCAAAGUGUUGGAUUUUGUACAACCGUCAAUUUAGUGCAACCACUAAGUGGGGUUCGUCUAGAUUCUGUGAAAGGGAAGACCAACAGCAACGACGACAGCAGCAACAGCAACAGCAGUUCUGAUAUCAAAGCUACGAUAAGUGACAAACAGCUGCGGGAAAAUGGCAACGAAAACAACAGUAAUCGUUUUAGUGUCGCUAUUGAUUGGACUCUGCGCCGCCCAGCGAAAGGAUCAGGACGACCCGUGCAAAACCAAAUCGAAGGUGGUGGGUGAUGUGACAUAUUGUGACCGAUACUGGGAGUGUAUCAACAAUCAACCGGAGCUGUACGACUGCCCCAACGGACUGGUGUUUGCCGGGAAGCAUCGGGGCGUGACGGAAGGAUGCGACUAUCCAUGGCGAUCGGACUAUUGCGAGGGCAAGCAGUUGGCAAAUGGACCCAUAUCUACGGAACACUGUGACUGGCUGUAUGGCAUCUUUGGCCACGAGACAUCCUGCACGCGUUACUGGACCUGCUGGAACGGAACCGCCACCGAGCAGCUCUGCAUCGGCGGUCUGCUCUACAACGAAAAUGCCCACAGCUGUGACUGGCCCGAGAACGUUGACGGAUGUCAGAAGCAUCCCCUUUGCAACGAUGACGCUAAUGGAAACGUACCGCUUGGAAAAUCCUGCAACCGUUACUGGCAGUGCCAGGGUGGGUACCCACGACUCCAGCGGUGUCCAGCUAUGCUUGUAUUCGACCGACGAAGCCUGCGUUGCGUUGUGCCUCCGACCGAGGAUUGUGACGUCCCAACCACACCGCUGCCAUUCGAGGGUGAUCUGGAGCAGGGCAAGGGUAAUGCCAUCUCGAAUCUGCCACCGGGCGCCAUCCAGGGCAAACCCAGCGGAGGACGGAACAAAAACUAAACUCUCGUGAUAAUGACUGCACCGAGGAAAUGUUCGUUAGUUAAGGAUUUCCUCGUCGACAUCGGUCCCUCCGGAGCAACACAAACGGCACGGCACUAGGAUGUAACCUACAGCAGCAGCAACAUCAACGACAACAAUAAUAGCGCUGGAAGAAAAUUGGACUGUCCCAGUGCGGUUGCCUGGAAAAGUUCAGAACAUCGCUUUAAUAUGACGAUUUAUUUUCCAAAAGUGGCCGACUUCCAUCCAGAUCAACAGCAACGUAGCCGGCAUCUUAAACUCGGGUUACAAGCUCCACCCGACGGCGAAGAUUCUCCUCAAAGCAGAAAUCCUAAAGCACGUGCAAAUGAAAACUUCAUAAGUUUUGUAUAUAAAUAAUAUUUUUAAUUGAAAAUAAUGUUUAUACUAUUAUUUCUCACUCGUUUUUAUUGUGCUUUAUUAUUUAAAACCAGAAAAUGAGAAAAUGAGUAAGCAGCGUAAGAUAAAUAAACCGGUAGAACACAGAA